AGCGUAUUCUUGAUUGACAGAAAAGAUCCCCGAGUCCGCGUUGCGUUUCGAUCAGAGUGGGGAAAUUGAAUCUCCAAUAAGGAAGCGCAACGUACUAGCAAAGUCACGAUAUGGGUACCUUGAGCCAAUAACUACGCGCGGGAACAAGCGGAUCCGCUUGCCUUGCCGGGUUUUCUGCGUGAAUGCCGACGAUGGCGGUAAAGACGUCGCAGGGCCAUCGGCGAGGACAACUACGCUGCGCGUCGAGGGAAAAGCUUUCGUCGAUUCAUCCUGGCCUUGGGAUUCUCAUUGCACACGCGAGCUGCACCAUCUCCCAGUUUUCCUUUUCUACUCCAGCGCGAGCGGCAUGGUUGCGAGCAAAUACGCCCCCACUCGAUCGGGACUUUCGGUCGCCGCGGGGCGACACAGGAGCUGGCGGCCCUCCGUCCGAACAAGCCGAGCUCUACUACACCCCCGCGGGCUCGUGCGAGGAUUUUGCGCGGUUCAUGGCACAGACCGGAGAGGAGCAGAACCCGUGUCUUCCGCUGAAGCGAGUUGCGGAGGCAAAUUUAGAUACAAGCACGGAAAAAACGAUGUUGGACGAAGACGACGCCACGCCCGCAACUACCGCUUGUUCCCCCCCGCGCCGCGGUCACCGGGGCAUGUCCGAAGUAGAGGCAGAUUUCGAGGAGGAGGAGCGUGCGUUGCUUGUCACCGGUCGAGGCACUCACGUCUCGGACAGCGCGGACGAGGAACACGGCCACCGGGUUGUACUCGGGCGGGGGCACCCUGACUACAGUUACAGCAGCGACCGGGAGGACGAUGUCAACGGUACUGCGCCUCUACUCGUCAUGCCAGCACCCUUGUGCGGCACAGGGUCGUUACUUGUGCGCCACGCUGCUGGAUACGAGGGGCGGAACGACACGCUAGCCACCUUGACGUCGAUGGCAGAGGAAGAAAGAGGCGAGUAUUGGAAAGAACGAGAAAUAAACAUGCAAAGCCGCUCGUUCGGGGCUAGCGAGCCGGUCGCCGUAGCAGAGCUGCAAGCUCCAGCUGCCGAGGCACUGGUGCCACCAGCUGCCGAGGCACUGGUGCCAGUUGUAGAUGGUGAGCAGAAGAGCGACAGGAAGACCACAACUUUUAAGGCGCCACCGGCGGAAAUCGACGUGCACAGUAUGGGCCUCAAUGGGGGAGAUAAUUCACCAGUGCGAGCGGGUGGAGAACCAGAUGACAGACUAACGUAUGUUUUUCAGGACUACAAUUCCGUGCCUUCGCCGAGCGAGAUGAUGCGGAGCUCAUCUGACGCCAAAUCGGAGCAACCGCAGUCGUGGAUGUCUCAGACUAGUACACCUCCAGCAGCUUUGAACAUUCUCACACCGGAUGCGUCGCCGCAGAGCCGACGAUUGGCGCUUGAACAAAUUCACCGCAUCAACUCUUGGGAGCACUUGCGGCGCAUCAGCACCCCGGAGCCGUGGUUGGAUUCGAAUCCAGCUAUGUGCGGCAACGGGUUCGAUCUUGAUGUUUGCUUUGUGCCCUUGACUUUUCUUCAACAGCAAUUUCGUACACCAUUUGGAUGCGAGUGUAGUUACAUAAGUAAGUUGUAUGUGAAAAGCGGUAGAUGAUGCUGCCCUUUGAUUUGAAUAGUUGGGGUCGGAUAGAUACUGUGUCGAUCACGAAAGCUUUGUGACUCACUCCUAUUUCACUUGACAGAGCUUCAGGAUUGCCAUUGGUGCAGAUGCAGUUGCCGGCCACAAUGACUAUGGGUAGCAGCAUGGCCGCUGCAAUCGGACCGGAAACGAUGUGCGCCGCCCCAAUGGUGCCAGAACAGCGACGAAGUGCAGCGGCGUCCUCGGGCGACGCGACCUUACCGGGGGAAGCCGAAGGCAAUGCCUGGCACACCGAGAGGACGCUUCCCGAACAGGUAGCGGAGUCGGCCCUCGACGUCGGCGGCCUCUCCUCUGCCGCGUCAAGUUCAGGUGGAGGUAGACCGGGCUCUGCUGGCCCAGCCAGCAAGGAUGCUCCUGUCACGCGGGGUAGCAGGAAAAGAAGCGGUACCCCGACUGGAGCUGGCUGCGCACCACAGGAUGAUUCCAACGGACGGAACUGCAGUUCAUCUAGUGAGCAAGGCGCGACCUUUGGACGAGAUGCGCGGCACGAAGGACCAGAAGAAACACAGCCGAAGCAGCAGACCGCGGAGACCAUCGAUGAGGUUUGCACGCAGUUGCGGGACCAGCUGCGGGACGCGUUGACGAUCUUUCGCGAGCGUCGGCGCGUUCAGGAGACGGGAGGACCGGCACAACCACAGGCACCACCAGCCGCGCAGCCUCUUCUGCAGCAGGGGCGGUCCUCCGAUGCUAGCCAAAGCAGUUCGGGUGCUGCGGCGCCAGCAUCUGUGUCUUCGUCCUCAGUUGUAGCGGUCCCCGGGUCGAAGCAGUGGCUGCAGGGCUUAGCGAACGACGUUCGACAAGCGCUGCAACAGGAAUGCAGUUACGCUCAUCUCGUUCAUCUUGCGCACGCCGCCACUUCAGCCGCAGCGUUUUGGCAGAUGAAUGGUGGAGCUUACGACCCCAGUGGGCCACCCUGGCCGGUGCCUCCUGGAUAUUUCGGUACAGAAUCAGCCUAUAAUCUUCUUUUCCGGCGUAGUUGCUGCAUUCGAUAAGGUGUUCCGUCCUGUUUGUGUAAUUUUUCUUCUGCAGAAGUUUCGUAAAGUUAUUUUCCGUGUUGAAUUUCGAUCUGCAGCCGGUCACAGUACCAGUCCAAUCGAAUCGCUAGUAUCGAACAGCCAACCGAUCACUUUCGCAGGAGACAAUGCGGGUCAUAUGGCGAUGAUGGGCGCGGCGCCGAUGAUGUUCUGUCCGUACCCCUGUCCACCUCCGCAAGUGGGUGUGCCAUCGCCGCCCCUGGGACCGCCGCCGCCGUACUCUCCACCAUUUGCCGCUCCUCCCUACAUUGCAGCUGCACCACCUCCGCGUACGCCGAUGCCUCCGGCUCCGCCCGGCGGCUUCCCCCCGUCGACCCGAAAUGGGGCACUAGCGCAACAUCCGCAGGCGAUGGGUACUCCGGUGUCGCUCGCAUCUCAUCUGAACUUCAACGCAGCUUCAUCCCCGCCUGUUCGGCCGCCACACGAAGUGGAAUUUCCUGUGCGACGGAAAAGAGACCAAGCUGUCGAGGACGACCGCGGUGGCGCAAGGAUUUUCGUGCAAAGAGGGCCACGACCAGGGCAGCCUCGCGGGGAGCGGACGUUCGUGCACGCAAGUCAGCGCAGGGAUGAGCAGGGUCGGCGUAUCACCAGAGGGACGAUUGUUCACGACGAAGACGGAUCCACCGCCGGGACAGAAAAUGAUUCGCCAAUGCGGGAAGCAAAUGAAGAGUCUGCAGUUCUCGCGGAGUUGGUAGGAAAUUUGUUGUUUAGUGCGCGGAAGAUUUUUACGUAAAGCUAAAGACUUUUCUUUGUGAUUUUUGAACAUGAAGGGAGUUUCUGUUUUUUCGAGCUAAGUCUACUACGCCCAAUGAAACAGGUUUCCACCUCUGGCUCUUCGUCAAGUGCGGGCUCAGCUGAUUCGUGCGGAGGGACCAAAGGUGGGUUUCUCGGUAAGCAACGCGACUGCGCUGCUGCCACGAAGGAGGUCACAACGCAGCAGGACGCGACCCGAGCGGACGUGGCCGCAAAAGAGGAAGAGACCCCGAUGGAGCUAGAUGGCGAGGAAGCUCCUGCUCCGCAGGAGAUUAUGCCAAAGGAUCGCGAGGAGGGGGAGGGGGAGGAGCUUCAAGACGAGGUGUCGGAGGAGACGUGGGCGCGGCGUUGCGCCGCCCGAAGACGCCAAGUCGAGAUCGGGCUGCGGCGUUCGUAUGCGAAGAAAAAAGUGUCACAAUUACUACACUUUGUGUUGUAAAACAUGCAAGGAAGUAGACAAACAACCUCUGUCAUGCGCAAAAUGCUUGCAAGCCUCGUUUUGUGUGUGUUUUGCCUUACGAUCUCCGCACUGCAAGAGUUUUUUCUGUCAUGCAAGGCAAGUUUGUGAUGCUGAAACUGAAUGCACUAAAAAACAGUGUGCAGCUGUAACACGUUUUUCCUUGGAUACUUCGGAGCAUCAGCUUAUUGCGCGCAUGGACUCGCGGUACUUGCCCGAACCGCCGUCCUGCACACAGGAAUCAGGCUCGAAACGGAAAUUUGACCGAGCACUUAGCAGAUGGCGGCGCAAAAUGCACUUCGUAGCGGAUCACAUGUCGUUCUUUCACAAAUACAGCGUGUCGCCCUUGGACGCCAGUUUUUUGUUCGACAAGCUAGAAGCCUGCAAGGGCGGUUAUUUCAGCCGCCAUUUGGAUGAAGCGACUUCACUCACCGAGAGCGAGUUUCGAAAUCUGAUUAGCGAAACAUUCAAAGAAGCUCGGUGCCGUUGGUGAGACAUGGUGGUUGUAGUAAUCUCUUCAUCUUAACUUACCUUUUGACCUUUGAUAGAAUGAAAUCGGACUCCUGUUGACUACUUUAUUGAUUUAUUCCAAAGAAUACAAAGUAGAAGAAAACCGUAUUUUUUUGUGUGUUGGGGACGGCGAUAAGCAGGGCCUUUUUCAUCUCCUAGCCAUCCUGUUUUUCACCGUUUUGCUUUUGGUUUGUCUGUUUGUGAGACAGAUCACACCUCAAUCAUCAACUAGGUUUCAAAAUGACCCGUCUGCUAAGCACUAGAAACAGAUCUGUCCUUAUCAAUCACAUUUUGCUGACGUCUUCAGGCAACUUUUUCUAGAAUAAAGUCAAGCCAAAUUUUAUUGCCCGCUUUUCGGACUGUAUGAAACUGAAACGAAGCUUCUUGUUAUCUUCUGCAGGUAAUCGUAAUGUUUUGGCCUGUAAUCAAUAAAACUCAGCCUCAGUGCAGAAU